CGGCCUAGUGGUGCAGGAAAGGGGGCUGCGGCCUGGCAGGGGCGGGCCUGGGUGGUGCCACCGAGCUUCGGCUUGUGAAGUCCGGCCGUAGACCUCUGCGGCCUCUGGGGGCUCCUUCCUCUGAGGAGUUCUGGGCUGCUGGCCUCUCCCACCCGCUCGGCGCCGGGGCCGCCCUUGGGAGGCAUUCCUGGCCCCGGCGCACUUGUCACUGCUUCCCCAACAGUCCGGCCCUGCCGUUGCAGCGUCCAGCAGCUGCCCUGUGGCAUGUGAGCGUGUGGGGACCUCAGAUAGGGUAAUACUCUCCUGUGCACCACACCAGACACUGGACCGUAGGGCCCCAAGUGAAAGUUGCGUUUGUAAACCUGCGCACUCGGCACCAGAGGCCUUGUCUGACUUGUCCGCACGUCCCUCGAGCUGUUCCCCGUCCCGCCAGAGGCUGGACUGGGCCGGGCCGCGCCGUGCGGGCUGUGAGGGGGGCGCCUCCGGAACGCGGCGCGGACAUGGAGCAGAAGCUGUCCCAGCUGGUUGAAGAACUCACGACUUCAGGGGAGCCCCAGUUGAACCUCGAGAAGAUGAAGGAACUGAAGAAAAUUUGCAAGUCUUCAGAGGAACAGCUGGGUCGUACCUACCACCUGCUGAUGGCCCAGCUAAGCAGGGAGCAUGCCCAGGUCCGCCUCUCCGCCUUCCAGGUUGUGGAUGAGCUGUUCACCAGGUCUCACUACUUCAGGUCGCUGCUCAUUUCCGACUUCCAGGAGUUCCUGGAGCUCACUCUGGGCACAGACCACGAGCAGCCCCUGCCACCACCCAGGGAGGUGGCCCAAAGGCUGAGGCAGGCAGCUCUGCGGGCAGUGGAAGUAUGGAAUGAGAAGUUCGGGGAGGCCUAUAAGAAGCUUGCCUUGGGCUACCAGUUCUUAAAGCACAAUAAAAAGGUGGAUUUUCAAGAUGUGAAUGCUAGGACCUUAGCAGAAAGAAAGAGAGAAGAGGAGAAGCAGAAACAUUUGGAUAAAAUCUACAGAGAAAGAGCCCAGCAGGCCGAGAAGGAGAUGGAAGAAAUGUCUGCAGAAAUUGAGUCUUGCCUGAUGGAAGUGGAAAGCUGUUUCCAGCUGCUGGUGCCCCUUGACUUAGGCCUGAGCCCAGAGGCGGGAUUCCUUGGCAUGGCUUCCUGUGUGUCUGAGGAGGGUGCUUCUUGUCCCUCAUGUCCAGGCCAGCCCCCCCGCUGCCGGUCUGGCCCCCCUGACCCUCGGGAUGGGGAGCGGCCCUGCUGCAGCAGGGACCUGCCUGCUUCUGUGCACUUCCCCGGGUUUGGCAGCGGAGCGCUCUCAGAAGACAAGGAUGAGGACAGUGACCAGGAGGAGUUUGUGCGCAGCCACGGGCUCGGCUCACACAAGUACACACUGAAGGUGGAGCUCUCCACAGAUAGCCUGAAGGUGCAGGAGAAUGAGGACAACCUCGCCGUUGUCCAUGCUGCCCGUGAUGUGCUCAAACUUGUACAGAACAAGUUCCUGCCCGCUGUGUGUUCCUGGGUGCAGCGGUUUACCCGUGCAGGGGUCCACGGGGGACACUUAAAGCGUGCCAUUGGCCUGAAGACGGAUUUAGAAGUCGUACUGAGAAAAUACCAAGAGCUGGACAUCAUACCCAAGGGGGAGCUGAGGCUCAGCACAGAUGCCUCGGAGGACGAGGACGAGGACUUCGUGGAGGUCCCAGAGAAGGAGGGGUUUGAGACUUGUGUCCCUGACCACCUGCUGGGGCUGGAGCCAGAGGCCCCACUACAGACCCUGGAGAAGGACCUGGCUGCACAGGGCCUGCAAACAAGGAUGAGAAUGAGAAGAGAUGAGGAGGCAUCAGACCCCACCUCUGCAGCUGCCCAGCUACGGUUCCGGGACCUCUUGCCCCCACCACCACCUUCAUCUGACAGGGCACUGCUGGGGCUGGAGGACACCCACAAAUUGGCAGCAGAGCGGGCCCGGGCUCCCAUUGUGCCCUACGGGGUGGACUUGUGCUACUGGGGCCAGGAGCUGCCGGUGGCUGGGAAGAUUGUCAGACCCGACUCUCAGCACCGCUUCUGGAAGCCCAGUGAGGCAGUGGAGGAGGUGGAGAGUGCUGCCAUCUCCGAGAUGCUCUGUAGCCGCCACAUCACCUUCGCUGGGAGGUUCGAGCCUGUGCAGCACCGGUGCCGUGCCCCAAGGCCUGACGGCCGGCUCUGUGAGCGCCAAGAUCGUUUAAAGUGCCCUUUCCAUGGGAAAAUUAUCCCGAGAGAUGAGGAAGGACAGCCUCUUGACCCAGAAGAUAGGGCACGGGAGCAGAGGCAACAGGUGCAGGGGCGCCCAGGCUGGCAGGACCCUGAGUUCAUGAAAGACGUGGAAGCAGCCACUGGGGUAGAUCUGGGCUCAUCCAGGUGCCGUGGGAAAGGCAAGAGAAAGAAGAGGAAGUACCCCAAUCUCACCGACCUGAGGGCACAGGCCAACACUGCCCGGGCACGCAUCGGGAAAAAGGUCUUCGCCAAGGCAGCUGUGCGGAGGGUGGUCACAGCCAUGAACAAGAUGGACCAGAAGAAGCAUGAGAAGUUUGCAAACCAGUUUAACUAUGCGCUGACAUAGAACCUGGGCCAGGGGUGUUGCAGUUCCUGCUGGUCUGCAGCUCCUCUUUUCCUUCUGCCUGCUCACUAGGACUGAAGAGUGAGCACAGGUCUGGGCAGUGACUGUGCACUUACUUUGAGGAAAUGGCAAAUUAAAGUGCCCCGGAAGUGUGA